AUGCCCCCAUCUGCUAGUCAUGCAGAGAAACCUGAAAAGUUUAAUGGAGCAAACUUUAAGAGGUGGCAGCAGAAUAUGCUACUUUACUUGACCACACUAGGACUUGCAAAGUACCUUACUGAAGAUGCGCCACCCAGUAAUGAAGAGAGUAAUAGGGAGACACUCAUGGCGGUGGAUGCAUGGAAUAAUUCCGAUUACUUAUGUCGGAAUUAUGUUCUGAAUAGCCUGUCUAAUGCUUUGUAUGGUGUAUACUGUGGCACCAAGUCAACUAAAGAGUUGUGGGAAACACUGGACGUGAAGUAUAAGACUGAGAAUGCGGGUUCAGGAAAGUUUAUUACAAGCCGAUUUUUGGACUACAUGAUGGUAGAUACGAAGCCAUUAAUGAAUCAGGUGCAUGAGUUGCAGGUGCUGAUUCAAGAAAUGCUUACUGAAGGGAUGAUCAUGAAUGAAGCCUUACAAGUGGCUUGUUUGAUUGAAAAGGUACCUCCAAGCUGGAGUGACUUCAAGAAUUAUCUGAAGCACAAAAAAAAGAGAUGGAUAUAG